AUGAUUGACCCAGUUAAUAUAAUUCAAGGUGAAGUCUAUGGGUUAAUAUCCAAUUUAAAAUUAAAUUCAAGGUGGUCAAACUCUAGUUAUCAAGAUACAAUAUUCCCAGAGAAUCCAAUUUUAAGAUCAUUAAAGAAUUUAACAAAUAUAUUACAUAAUGUUUCAGAUACAUGCAUUUAUUUAGAACCAUUUUUAUCAGUUAUAAAAUCCAAUCAAACAAGUGGAUUUAUAACUGGAGCAGCAUUAACAAGUGUAAAUAAAUUUUUAAAUUUAUUCAUUGAUGAAGAAUCUAAUAAUAUACAUAAGGGUAUAAGAGAUAUUGCAGAGGCAGCAGCACAUUGUAAAUUUGAAGCAACCGAUGCUAGAUCCGAUGAAAUCGUUCUAAUGAAGAUAUUACAAGUGUUGAAUUCAUGUGUAAAGAAUCCAGCUGGUAUUUACAUUAGCAAUGAUUUAAUUUAUGAGGUAACCAUUGCAUGUUAUCAUAUGUCUGAUCAAUCAAGAUCUUCAGAACUCUUAAAAAAGAAUGCUGAAAAUUCCGUUCAAGAAAUUGUUUCAACCAUUUUUAAUCGUUAUAAUAUUUAUAUUGAUCCACCUCAACCACCACCAAUACCAACACCAACACCAAUAUCAACUACUUCCACCACUACUACUACACCUAUUUUACCUGUUAUUAUAAAUACUACUUCAACUCUAACUACCACUCCAACCACUACUACCACUCCAACAACUACAACUACCACAGAUGAAACAGAAAAAUCACAACCACCACCUUUAGAAGUUGAUUUUUCACCAAAUAAUGAUUUAUUCUUUAGUAAUUUACCAACUACAGAUGAAAAUACAGAAAAUACAGUUGAAUCAACACCAACACCAACACCAACACCACCACCACCACCAGUAGUACAACGACUACCAGUGCAACAACUAGAACAACAACAACAACAAAAAGGAUUUACAAUUAACCCACGUGGUGUAAGAUUUGAUGCAAGUAAUCAAACAGAUAAACCAUAUGAUGAAACAGUAUUGAUACGUUUAUUUAAAUUAUUUGUAGCCAAUAUAAAUACAUCACCAUCAUCUCAAGAUGAUACUUCAACAAAAUUACUUUGUUUAAAUUUAGUUAAUACAAUCAUUCAAAUUCGUGGUUCACAAUUAGAACAAAUUCCAACUAUAUUAAAAAUUAUUCAAAAAGAUUUAUUUAAAUUUUUAUUAUUAAAUUUACAAAUGAAAAAUGUUCAAAUUUAUUCAUUAUCAAUGAGAAUUUUCUUCAAUUUAUUUAUUGGAUUAAAGAGAACAUUGAAAUCACAAUUUGAAGCAUUUUUCAAUGUUUUAAUGGCAUCAAUUCAAGAGAAUAAUAAGAGUCAUUAUGAAUUACAAGAGUUGGCAUUAGAAGGAUUAAGAGAUUUUUGUAAAUUACCACAUACAAUGAUUGAUCUAUUUGUAAACUAUGAUUGUGAAUUACAUUGUUCAAAUGUUUUUGAAAAUCUUUGUAAAUUUUUAUACAAAAAUUCAUUCCCAAUUUCACAAUCAAUCACUUCACUUCAUUUAAUUUCAUUUGAAAAUUUAUUAUCAAUCGUUCAAAGUAUUGAAGAUCGUAGAACUCGUUCAUUACUUUUACAACAAAAACAAGAUCAAAAACAAUUACAACAACAACCACAACAAAUAUCAAAUGAACCAAAAAUUGAUUAUUUAAAAAGAAAAGAACAUAAAAGACAAUUAGUAAUUGCUGCUGAACAUUUUAAUCGUAAACCAAAUGAUGCUAUUGAAUAUUUAAAAAAUAAUAAUUUAUAUUCACCAGUUACACCAGAAAAUAUUGCAAAAUUUUUAUUGGAAGUACCAAAAUUAAAUAAAACAACAGUUGGAGAAUAUUUAGGUAAAAGAGGAGAAAUGAAUGAAAAAGUUAGAAAUCAUUAUAUUAAUUCAUUCAACUUAAAGAAUCCAAAUUGUAUGACAGUAUUUAGAGAGUUUUUAGAGAGUUUUAAGAUUCCUGGUGAAUCUGCAGUUGUACAAAUCAUUUUCGAAGAGUUUGCUCAAAAGAUUUACGAGAAUAGAUCAGACAAGUUGUUUUUGAAUGCCGACAAGGUUUAUCUUUACAUUUAUUCAGCAUUGAUGUUACACACAUCUUUAUAUAAUCCAGUGAUCUCUCAAAAGGAGAGAAUGAAAUUUUCAAACUUUAAAUCAAUGUUAAAUAAAGAGUUACCAGAUGAAUUGAUUCAAGAAUGUUUUGAUGAUAUCUCAGAGAAUGAAAUGAUAGUGGAAGAGGAGCCACAACCUGGUGUUAUAAAUCAACCAAAUUGGAGGAAAAUUCUAAUGAGAUCAAAACGUAUUGGUGAUUAUAAAUCUGCAAAUACCAAUGAUUAUGAUCGUGAAAUAUUUUCAAUAGUUUUAAAUUUAGUUAUACCUGCAAUUAGUAAAGUAUUUGAAAAGAUUGAAAAUGAAUCAUUAUGUCAAAGAAUUUUAGAUGGUUUUCAUCUAUGUGCUCAAGUAUCUGCAAAUUAUAAUAUCAUUGAAGUAAUUGAUAAUUUAAUGACUUCACUUUGUAAUAAUACAACUUUAAUCGAUAAUACUGUUGAACAACAGCAACAACAACAACAAUCAAAUUUAAAUAAUACAAAUCAAAAUAAUGUUAAUAAUAAUAAUAGUAAUGUUAAUAAUAACAAUAAUAAUGUAAAUCAAAAUAAUGUUAAUAAUAAUAAUAAUAAUACAAAUAUAAAUAAUAUAAAUCAAAAUAAUAUAAAUCAAAAUAAUUUAAAUAAUAGUAAUAAUAAUAAUUUAAUACCGAAUGGUACAAAUUCACCAUCAUCAAAUGUAACAACACCAAAUCAACAAACAACAACAACAACAACAACAAAUAGCGGUACUCCAUUAUCUAAUAGUAAUGGAAUGAAUAAUAAUAAUAAUAAUAAUAAUAAUAAUAACACUAAUAAUAAUAAUAAUAAUAAUUAUUAUUAUAAUGAAAAUGUAUUUAUUGGUGAUAAUAAAGCACAAUUAGCAACGAUUGCAACAUUUGAAAUUGCAAUUAAAUAUUCCAAUUUAUUAGGAGAAUCUUGGAGAUAUAUAAUUGCAAUCAUUUGUAGAUUAAAUAAAAUGGAUUUAUUAUCAAACAUUUUUGAAACUAUUGAUUUCCCAAUUGAUAACACUUCAAAUUCAAAAGGUGGUAAGAAACAAGAAGAACAAAAACAAAAACAAAAUUCAACAUCAACAUUUUUAUCAUUUAGAUGGUUUGUUGCUGAUUCAACUGAUUAUGAAGAAAUUGAAGUCAUUGAUCCACAUAAAGAGAAAGCUAAAACUUGUGUUGAUAAUUGUCAUAUAACUGAUUUAUUUCAAGAGACUAAAUCAUUACCAAUGCAUUCUUUAGAUCAAUUAUUAAAUUCAUUAUUUAAUAUUACAAAUCCAACAAAACAACAAUCUUCUUCUUCUUCUUCUUCUUCUUCAACAACAACGACAACAACAUCUUCAACAAGUAAUAUAACAACAAUAGCAACAGUACAACCAUCAACCACAACAUCAUCAUCAUCAUCAUUAUCAACUACAUCAUCAUCAUCAUCAACAAUAACAACUACAAAUUCACCAACACAACAACAUCAUCAUAAUAAUUAUCAUAAUCAUUAUGGUAAUACAUCAAAUUUUUAUUAUUCAAUUAAUCAAAAACAAGAAUUAUUUUGUUUUGAUUUAUUAUCACAUAUUAUACUUUUAAAUCAAGAUAGAUUAGGAUUAGUAUGGAAUAAAUAUUUUGAACAUUGUGAAUCCAUUAUAAAUAUAUUUGAACAAGUGGUUAGUGUUUCAACUGCCAAUGCAAGAUUAAUGACACCAUUAAUCGAAAAAGUAGUAAUGUCAAUAAUGUAUCUUUUAAUUAGAUUAAUUAGAAAGAAAGAGGUUUUCAGUACUCUAUCAGCUUGUAUCAAAUUGUUGUUACGUGUUGGUAAUGUAUUGGAUAGUAUUGCAGAGAAAAUGUCAAUCUCUUUAAUUCAAUUGGUUCAAAAGAAUAUUGAUUUCCUAUCAACUACACCAUCAGCUUGGGAACCUAUUUUAGCAUUGAUUGUACUUUUGUCAGGUAAUCCAAAAUCAUCGAAUCGUGCAUGUGAUGCUCUAUCCUUGAUGAUUAAAACUCAACCAGACUCGUUGACUGAGGAAACUUGUUUACAUUGUUUAGAGCCAAUCAAUUGUUUCAUCGAUUCAAAGACAAUUCCACAUGGUGUCGUAGUGAAGUCAAUGGAGUUACUCUAUUUCAUCUUUACAAAUGUCACUAAAAUAUUGGGUAUUCAUAAGAUUGAAAGUGGUACCAAUGAUCAUUCUUCACCAAAUGGUGGAAUGGUUGGCUUUCAAACUACUCGUAUUUUAAUUAGAAAGAUGGAUGUAAAAAUCAAUACGGCUUGGGUUAAAUUUUGGUCAAAGAUAUUGGUGAAAUUCUCUUCCCUAUGUUUAGAUCCAAAACCAGAUAUUAGAAACAACGCUAUGACAUUCCUUCAAAAGACAAUACUCUCCUCAUCGUUACAAGAGUUUUUACCACCAGGUAGAUGGUUUGAUUGUUUUGUUGAUGUGGUUUUCCAACUCUUAGAUAAUCUUAAAGAGAAUUCAAGAGAAACCAAUUUCGAAGAUACAAGAUUACGUGCUUCUGCUUUACUCUCAAAAGUGUUCUUACAAAAUUUAAAUACCAUCAUAAAAUGUGAUCAAUUUACAACCCUAUGGGAUAGUAUUUUAUCUCAUUUGAAAAUUUAUAUGGGUCUAUCGGAAUUACUCUCUGAAUCUGUACCAGAGUCUCUUAAAAAUAUGCUUUUGGUAAUGAAUAAUAGUGGUGUAUUUAAACCACCAACAGGUGAAGAAUCAGAAGAUGAUAUCUCUAAACAACUUUGGGAUUCAACUUGGGCUGCUAUUGAUGAAUUUUGUCCAAAAAUUAGUGAAGAUGUUUUAUCACGUGUUGAUCCAAAUUAUUUCUUAAAAAAACAACAACAACAACAACAACAACAACAACAACAACAACAACUACAGCAACAGCAACAACAACAACAACACUCACAAAGUGAGGAAUUAAAACAACAACAAUUAUUAUCACAAAUAAUUCAACAAAACAUUAAUUCUCCAACAAUUAUUGAUACUCCAAGUGUUUUACAACAAUACCAACAACCACAACUACAACAACCACAACAACCUCAACAACCACAACAACAAGAUCAAGAAGAAUUUAAUCCAAUUAUGUCAAUUCCAAUGGUACCAAUAAUGCCAAAUAAUACAAAUAAUAAUAUAAACAAAUAA